CUUCCAGUCACCAUUCUUGAUUUUGCGACAGGACACACCUAUCAACAAAAUGAAAGGGGGAAUUGUUAUUAUCUUGGCUUCCGUCGUCGCCCUUAUAGGCCUAGCAAGCAGUCAGGUGAACUCCCAGAACACUGAAUUGAUCUUUGUGACCGAUGUAGACAGCGAGAACAAGAUUUAUGUUGCAAAUCUACGAGAUGACCUAGUCUUCACUUCUAUACCAUCCACUAAAGAACCACGUUAUAUUACAUAUGACUCCGUGGAGGAGAAGAUCUACUGGACUGACAAGGAUACAAAACGAGUUUAUCGUGCUGAUGUGGAUGGUGGAAACAGGGAGGUGGUCACUUCUCAAAGCGGUGAUGAACUACGAGGAAUUGCUAUUGCAGAGAGAUCUCGCACCCUCUACACCGCGAAUAAAAGUCCGAAGAAAAUUACAUCGGUAUCGAUUGUACCAGGAAGCUCGUUUCCUAGGGCUGAGACGGACUUUACAUCCGAGUUAUCUGAAGAGCUAUAUUCCUUAGAAGUGGAUGAAGAGAAAGGAUUCUUGUAUUGGUCACUGAAAUACAAAAUCCAGCGCAAACGACUCGAUGGAUCUGGAGGCACGGAGACUAUAUACAGGAACAAUGAUCUAUCCGAAAUCACUGGAUUGAGCAUUGAUCUCACCCGAGAUCCACGACGCAUAUUUUUCUGUGACUUUGGUAAGAAACGAUCUUACUACAAGGACGUAAACCAAUCUCCCUCAACGGCUCAGGAUCUCACAAACUACAUGAAUGACCCUGACAUCAGUGGCGAAAAAGAGCGAGAAAAACUGAUUGAUAUAAGCUACUUCGAUGGCACCCUCUACUGGACGAAGGAAGACGAUCCCAAUGGCAUCGCUGUAAUGACUAAUUACGAUCAAAGCAGCCGAUCAUUCGACAUCAAAGAAACCAGUGAGAUUAACAAGCCCUAUCAAUUGCUCAUCAUUAACGUAAAUCCAUGAUCAAUAUUUGAGAGCCCGGGGUGUAUUAUUUAUUUGAUUCAAUGUUAUAAACAUUGUCAUAUCAGAUAUGACUGGUAAACCACCGCCAACAAAAAACAGCCGCGUUUUGGGGGGUAAUUGUCCUUGGGGGGUAA